AGAACAAGAUGAUGAGGGAACUCGAAUGGACAGUACGAAGAUCAAUCGUCCGAAGCUAUAGUCAUCACUGUUAUAAUUUUCAAAGGCUGUAGUAAAGAAAAGCUCGAUCGAUGGCUUCAGAUUCAUAUCUGAAAUUCAAAUUUUUUGUCUUAUUUCUUCGAACAUCUUUUGCAUGUGCCCUAAGGGCCACACAACUACGACAACCUCGGUACUUCCUCUUUGGGGAAUAUCUCCAUCAAUCCAGAAUCAUCCGAUGAUCCUCAAUGAAGUCUUUCAUCCCUUACAAUUCAAAAACAUCAUAUCGUCAACCGCCGGUACAUGUUGCGUAUAUUAUCGCCACGAUCAUGCUACAAGCACAACCCCUAAACACCCUGACAAUACCCCAAAGGACAAGGCGCCGCUCCCGCCAGCCCCAAGCUGCGACCUCCAACCCGCAACGAACCCAGCUACGAAGGCAGCAAGUCCGCGAGGCACAGAGAGCCUAUCGCUCCCGCCAACAAUCGCUUCUCGGGUCACUGAAGGCGCGAGUCGACCAACUAGAAGAUGCAAUGGACCAACUCGGUCACAUCAUGGAUUGCUUCCACAAUCAGGUCACUAGCCAGGCUGUAUCACUGCCACGGUCCAAACUCAUCCAGAGCACCAUCUUACUCCACGAGGAGAUUAACUUGCAAUUAACACAAACCAAAUCCUCGCCUUCCGACUACCACCGAGCUGAAACCAGUUGCACAACUCAGCAUGGCGAGUUCCAGGAGAAACUAACGACACUGCUCUCAGCGCCCUAUACCUACGGCGCGGAUCCGGGAGCCGACACAUCAUCAUCAUCAUCAUCAUCCUCAGCAGCAGCAGCAGCAGCAGCAGCAGCACCAAGAGCAUCGCAUGAAUCCGCCGCUAAAUUCUUGCGCCGGUUCCUAGGAACAAACAACCACCCACUCCUGCCCCAUAUCAAAUCGACCAACCACGCAGACGCAUAUCCUAUAAAUUCUCCGAUAUGCUCGCGCCCGGACACCCCGAACCCCACAUUCAUAAAGUACACCACCACCACCACCACCACCACCCCAUUUACCCAGAAGUUCUUCCGUGCCUGCGCGGAAGGGGGACAUCGCUAUCUGAGCAAUCCCGCCCUGACCGACCAAGACCUAGUAGGGCCGCAGUUCGCGCUCUUGAUGCAACAUCUCCCCCGGCACGAAAUCAUCUCCUACCUGGAGCGAGUGCUACAAACAACCCCCUGCAACCCGGCCAGGGACUCCCGGUUCCCAUUUAUCUGUCUCGGUGGCGCGGGCACGCAGUACCCCGGCUUGUCUGCCGUCUGGAGCGCCCCGCCUCCUCCCGUUUCUCGAGACUAACUAACGGCGUGCGAGAGAUCCCCUGGCGAACGAGCAAUGGUUUCGAUGUGAAAGACGUGGAGUUCUACUUAGGGCUGAAGUGGCGCGGGGUCUCUUUAUGGGUGCGUGGCUGGAUUUCGACGACGCGAUGUAGAAAGUCUGGUAUGGCAGAAUGUGUGUUGGAUUCCCGUUUAAUCAUCCGUCAUCCAUCAUCCAUCAUCCAUCAUCCUGUCAUGCUUUAAGAGUUAUGAUUUAUGGUAAUAAGCCCUUGAUAGACUUUAAUAUGUAUACUAAUACCGAUCACACUAUUCUCAUAUUCAUGCAUGUGAAUUCUUAUCCUUUCAGUAGCUACGAUCGAGAUCAGCGGCUACAAAGCAUGCUCCAA